AAAAAAAAAAUCAUCGUCAUCCUCAGCUUCGUUUCUGCACCAGCUGGUCGGUCGUUCUUAUUCUUCGCUUCAUUUUUGGUUGGAACCGCUCUUGGUCCACUUUCUUGAUCGAUCAACGGAUUCGACGGAGCUAUCUCGCGUUUCCAUGGUCACUAUCGUCGCAGGGUCGAGCUUCGUCGCCUCAAAAUCCGCCGGAAAACUGGCCGUCCGGGAUUUAUGUCAUGUCCGGCGAUGGGCUCCUGUUCGUUUUCUCAGAUUCUCUCGUAUUCCUUCUUCUUCAGUGUCAUUCAGUGGCGGAGCAACAGUUCUCCGUUUCGGAUUACGUAGCACGCUUCGGGCGGAGAAAGGGGAUGAACGGAGCGAAGGUAUAACCGAGGAGGCGGAGAGAUUGGCGAGAGGAGAGAGCACGAUGCCUGAUCGGUUUAGAUAUUUGACCAAAGAAGCUCCUGAUCCUCCCGUUCGGUGGCCUUGGUUCGUUGCACUUGCGUUUCUUGUUUAUUCAUGGAGAGCCGUCUUGUUUGAACUGUCCAACUGGAGAAAAGCUUCUCUCGCUAUACUCAGAUUCCUCGGAGACAUUCUGAAACUUGGACUGGCCCUUGUCUUCCACUUCAUCGGCGAUCCCAUCACCUCCCUCAUCUAUUUCGUGGAGACUGCAAUAUACAGUAUCCGGGCUUUCUACUCUGGCAUUGUGGCUUACACCCCUAUCAGAGAGUUAACCACCGUUAUUCUUCUCGCGUCAUCGGUCCUUGCCAUAGGUGAAGCCGUCGCUCCCAACUCUAUCAGCAGCCAGCCUUACGUUCUCACACUUGCGGGCCUGAUUGGGUAUGCAGCCGUCCAGAGCUACAUCUCCGAGCCAUUCUUCUGGACUCUCUUACUGGCUCUGUAUGGCUUCUCACGUUUGAUCAAGAAGCGAAACAAUGUCACCUCUGCCCUUCCAUCCGUGGCUGUUCUUGCGGCAGUAGGAGAGCCAUGGGUGCGAGCCAUUGCCAUGACUGGGUAUCUGGCUCUGGCCAUGUAUCACAACUCGAAAAGACUCUUGGACGGGAAGCGAGAGAAAGAGGGCUCAACAAGCGGUAGGAAUGUUCCAGUCCCGUUGUUGGCUGCUGCCUUAGCCAUUGGCAUCCGUCUUGCUGCGAACUGGGCCGGAUACAGACACUUGACAUGGAUGAUAGUAUGAUGGCUGAAGCUUGGUCUGUUCAUGUGAAGCUGAUGUGUCUUGUCUCAUUGUCUUAUUUGUCAGAUUUAGAACUCGUUUAGUUGCAGGAGAUGGCUUCUGUUUGUGCCAAUGUUCAUGAACAAAGUGAAAGUCCAAUUUUGAUGAAAAAUCAUGGAUUAGUGUUGGUUAACCAAUGAAUUACUUUGCAUAU